AUCCGCGCACAGUACGUCACUCCAGACGACUCCCCGCAUUCAAUACAUCACAAUCCAAUCCGCGCAGCCAAGGAAACCCAGCAAAACUCUGCCCCCCAAAUCCCCGGACCCUCAGGGUGGGGUAGAGACUCAGAGAAGAAGCAGCGCAAACAAAAGCACUCCUCUUGGCUUUAAGAUUAAAAGAAAUACCAGCUGCAAAAAAAAGUGCAGAUACAAACUCGAGACGAAAAGCGGGACCGAUCGGCGUCUCCACGUUUUCUUGCAAAACUUUUCCUGAAGUCACUGAAGGAGCAGCGAGCAUCAAACUGACUGAAUGAAAAUGGCAAUCUCGUGGACACUCAUUGUGUUAGGCACCCUCCUGCAAGGCAUGCAGUGCAAUGCUAAUGAUAAUUCAACUACAGCCCCAAACAGUUCCAUUUCACCCACCUCAGUGGUUACCACUGCAGCAGAUUCCACUGAAUCCACCCCUCCUUUCACCUCAUUGAAUUCCACUAAACCCACCACUUCUUCUGCCUCAUCAGAGUCUGCUCUACGUGACACUACACCUGCUACUACACCCACCAUAUUGGAGCCCAGUAAAUCUCCUACUCCAUCAGAGUCCAGUACUUCAUCAGAGUCCACUACACAAGCGCCAACCACUAGCCAACCAGCCACUUCACCAGAUCAGACUGGACCAUCUUCAGCAGAGGCUAAUCAAGACAUAACCACUAACACACCCUCACAAACUAGUCAAGUCACAACCCAAGUCACAACAAUUCAACCCAUGACAUCCAAUGAAGGCACUACCCCCACUACUACAACCAUCACUCCUCCAAAUUCACCUACAACUCUCACCACAACCGAUCCCAAACAAAGUACCACCGACUUAAAUAAACAUGCAACCACUUUUCCUAAAGGAGAUGGCACCACCCAACUCAUGUCUACACAGAGAGCCACAUCUGCUGUUACCAAAACCUCUGAAUUACCAAUCACAACAGCACCAAGCUCUAAAUCUACUGCUACUCAAAGUCUUGGGACAACGACACCACAAACAGCUACAGCCUCGAUCAGAUCAGACCCGCAAGGGGAUGAAGAUAUUACAACUAACACUCCCCUAGAAAUCAUUCAAUAUUCCUUUAAUCUAAGCAAAAGCAAUGAGAAUCACGUCCUGGGUCAAACCUGUAAGAUGCUGCUUCAGACGAUGAAAGGAAAUUGCAUUAUCAACGUGACAAUUCAAGACAAUCAAUUAACUGCAACAGUAAUAAUAGAUGCUGACCAAGUGAUACCGCCAGAAAACUACAAACAAGUCAGUGAAGCUCCAGACAAUAAUACUCAUAAAGAGGAUUUUAACAAGGACACAAUACCAGACACGUUAAUCGCCAUCUUGGCUUCUUGUGGCGCUUUGGUGCUCAUUCUGUGCUGCUUUGCUGCAUACUGCACUUAUCAUCGCAGAUCCUACAGGAAGAACCAGCAACACCUGACAGAAGAGCUCCAGACAGUGGAAAACGGUUAUCAUGACAAUCCUACGCUGGAGGUGAUGGAGGUCCAGCCGGAGAUGCAAGAGAAAAAACUGACAAUGAACAGGGAUUUCAACGACAGCUGGAUCGUCCCCAUAGACAACCUGCUGAAAGAGGACAUACCUGAUGAAGAAGACACACACUUGUAAUGGCAUCAGAUGAACCGUCUGGAGAAGGAAACCUGCUGCUCUCAUUACCGUAGACUGUGACCGGCCAGAAUGAAGAGAAAGCAGAGAUUGACAUAAAGACUAUCAAACGACAAUGGUUUCAUUUGGUGCCUGGGUGUAUAUGGUGUAAUAAAGUAGUUGAAUGUCAAGUAUGUGCUAGAAAUAGUGGAAAUGUUUUCAGGUUUUGUGUGUCUCUGUGGAUGGGAAAGGGAAAAUCUGUAAAUGGAAUGUCAAUGUACAAUCUGUGAUGUCUCUAUGUGCCUUAACUUUUCUUCAGCACCCAAAUAGUUUCCUAAUAAACUAUUUAAAAUAUCUAACAAAUAUAAGUUAAAAUAGCACAUUUAUGAUUUAUAAAAGAUUUGGUCCUAUUAUUUUCAGUAUUGACUUAAAAAAGAAUUAAGAUUUUGCUCGCCAUCUUGAAAUGUUUUUCCAACUGCAAUGCAUGUUGGGACUGCAUUCUCUAAAUGUGAAGCUGGCCAAAAUAAGGCAUUGAUUUCACUGCCUUUGCAUUAGGCGUGUGCCUUAUGAUGCCUUUAAUGAGUAGAUCACUUUCAGAAUUAAAAUUCUGUCAUCAUUUACUCAACCCCCACUUAUUCCAAACCUAUAUGAGUUUCUUUCUUCUGUUGAACACAAAAGAAGAUAUUUUGAAAAAGAUUGGGAUCUGAACAGAAACUCAUAUAGGUUUGAAACAAGUUUGGGGUGAGAAAUGAUGACAAAAAAAAAAUAUUUCUGAAACUGAACUACUCUAAAAUGCUGUCAAGCGAUGUAAAGUUGCUUAUGUUAAUGAACCUUGGAUUCAAGGUUCACAGAUUCUGAACAGUGGAUUUCUGUGACAUUUUACAUGAUUUACAUGUAUUUGAUUUUUAAAAAUGAUGUUAUGAAAAGAAAACUCAAAGUUGUUUCUACCUGAUAAAACUGAGCAUACAUUGUAUUACUACUUUUAAACAUUUCCAUCACUUUUCCUUGUAUUAUUUCAGCAGAAUGUGAUUGAUGUGCUUGUAUAUAAUGCUUAUUUUUAUGCUUCGUCCAUAAUGUGUUCAUUUUCUGUUUAGGAAAGAUUGACACUCAUAGGCACCAAACUAGACUUGGACCAAUGGAUAAUUCAUCCUGGUAAAUUAGACUAUGGGGCAAAAGUAUGAUUAGCAGAUAAUCUUUCAUUAUCUUUCAUCUGCUCCACUCAUGUCUCUGUGUUGGUAAUCAUGCUAGUAUGAAGGUUUUCAGUCUCCAACCUUAAACAUUUGACACAAAUUCAACACAACUCACAUUCUUUGAGUUUAUUUACAGGUAAAAAAAUCAUAAUGUGUCAAUUGUAUUUAAUCAGAAAGAUCACCUUUUUCUUUGGAGAUGUUUUAUUUAAUUGUUUUAAUGUUGUUGUGUUUUUUUUGUUUUUUGCAUGCACUACACAAAUUUUUGCAUAAAAGAAAUUCACUGCUGUCUCAGUUUAGCUGUUGUACUUUCACCUAAGUAUUAAGGUUGAGUUUAUAGUUGUUUUCUGUUUUUGAAGUCAGUUUGCUGCUGUGUGCAAACGACAGGGGUCUGAUACACUGGAAGCUUCAUCUCUGUCAGAUUGGAUGGGGAUGGCCAUGAUUUCUAAUAUGAAUAAAUAAAUAAAAAGUGUGUUUUACAGUU